AUGCUCCUUUUUAGGGUCAACCUGCGAACUCAGAAGCGCCUGGCGUCCUCGGUGCUGGGAUGCGGCAAGAACAAGAUCUGGCUCGACCCCAAUGAGGUCAGCGAGAUCUCCAACGCCAACUCCCGCCAGACCAUCCGCAAGCUCGUCAGCGAUGGCCUCAUUAUCCGCAAGCCCACCGUCAUGCACUCCAGGUCCCGUGCCCGCGAGCUCAACCUUGCCCGACGAAUUGGCCGACACCGUGGUUUCGGUAAGCGGAAGGGUACCGCCGACGCUCGUAUGCCUGAGCAGGUUCUCUGGAUGCGCCGUCAACGCGUCCUCCGUCGUCUCCUAGUUAAGUACCGCGCCAGCGGCAAGAUCGACAAGCACCUUUACCACGAGCUCUACCACCUGGCUAAGGGUAACACCUUCAAGCACAAGCGCGCCCUCGUCGAGCACAUCCACCGUGCCAAGGCCGAGAAGCAGCGUGAGAGAAUCCUCAAGGAGGAGAUGGAUGCCAAGCGUGCCAAGACCAAGGCUGCCCGUGAGCGCAAGGUCGAGAGGCAGACUGCCAAGCGGCAAGCUCUGAUGGGUGAGGACGAGGAGAAAUAA